CCUGAACAAAAGACACGCAUGAGUUCUACCAUGUUGAAACUUCUUCUGCUGUUAUGGGUUUUCAAUUACAGUGAAACCAUCUCUAUACAUGUAAUGGGAAAAAAGGGAGGCAGCGUCAUCCUGCCCUGUGAAUUUAAGGCCAUACAGAUUUUUCAUAUUCGUUUAAAAAGACAGUCAAAACACAUCCUUUUUUAUGAAAAUAAAUAUUGCAGUAAAGGAAUAUGUAAAAAAGGAGCCUGUGACGUCAUCAUCAAGGAUCUGAGACUGAGAGAUGCUGGGAAAUACAUUUUGCAAAUCUAUUACAUUAAUGCAAAGUCAGUGCUGGAGCCACAAAUCAGGACAUACCAACUUCAUAUUUACGAUGAUAUUUCUGUGAAAUUAGGCGAAAGGCUAAAGUUGGAUGUUUUGUUGCCAGAUGCUCAUCGAGUUAUGCAUCAAAACAAAAGCAGCACAGAAUGGAAGAAGGUCUGGAAGAGAGACAGCAAGAAAAGAGACGGGAUUCUGAGCAUUAAAGAGUUUACGAAUGAUGACGCAGGAACAUACAGAGUUCUGGACUAUGAUGGAGAAAUCUUGAUCACAGUGACAGUCACAGAUGAGAAAAAAUUAAAGCGAAAACUAAACUACACGGAUGAUGACAAAAAACGUAAAUAAAACAGGUGGCAUUGAGAGCUUACAAAAUAAUACAGCAGAGGAUGAUUAAACAACUCCACAAACAGCAUCACCAGCUCCACUUAUUACUAACUAGUUUGACUUCAUUUAUGUCAUAUAUCUACGAAUUAACAGAGGUUUAUAUUUUAUUUCAAAUGUUUUGUUUGACCUCACCAUCUUGGUGAUCGGUGUUUGCUUUAGUUAUGCUCUUGACCCUUAACUCUUUAAGGUUAGUUUCUCUUUGGUUGUUAUAACUGUGUUUGUAAAGCACAUUUAUUAUGACAGAAAAAAAACCCAUGAGAAAUUGUACUUUAGUAGUUUUGGUUAAAACUUAAAAGUGGGGAUCAUCAUCUUUCUCUAAUGACCUGAAUCACUGAUCUCAGUUAGUGUCAAACAAUAUGGGUGAUUUGUAACUAAUUUCAUAUUGUUUAUGGUAGUAACAUUACUCUACAAGUUAAGCUGACACACCAUUAUGAAAUAAUUUAAAAUCCUUUUAUGCACAAAACUUUCAGAGUUAUAGCACCAGUUAGAAACACACAGACAUCAAGAAGCAGCACAUGAACCUCAACAAUGGUGUCUAUUAAUAAUUUAAAAAAACAAUUAAUGCCGCAAAGCAUGCUGGGUGCCAGUACAAAACUCAUGCUGUCAGAGGUGGAUAGUAAUGAAAUAAAUUUACUUGAGUAUUGUACUUAAGUACACUUUUUGCGUAUCUGUACUAUACUUGAGUAUUAUUUUUUCUGGAAACUUGCGACUUUAACUUCAAUACAUUUGAAAGACAAAUAUUGUACUUUUUACUCAACUACAUUUAUAUCAAGGUCCUCAAGUAGAAAGUCGUUAUAUUUAGCAGUUUUUACAGUGUGUGCAUUUUCAGAUUCACUGAACCCCUUUUUUCUACGAAAAACCGGCCUACGAUCUGCCAGGACCUUCCUGUGUUGCCAAGUGUUACAGUAUUUCAAAGCCUGCAGUUUUCCACCUAGCUUUGAAUGGACAUUUGGCUGAUUUAUUUUACGCAAAUCUGGCAACCUCGGGAUCUUCCCCACUAAACUAAUGUAAACGUCUGCGCUACUGCACAGCUAAAAGCACUCUAAAAAGGCAUGUGUUAACUCAUUAAAGCCCUUUGGAAAAUUAACCAUGUUUUUACUAUAGUAACCAUAACUAUGGUAUUUGCAGUAAAAUCACAGUAUCCACACAUUUACUAUUAUCUCACUAUAGUAACCAUAUGAUAUUUGUAGUAAAACUUCAGUAACCACAAAUUUACCAUAUAUAUAUAUAUAUAUAUACACACUCUCAAAAAGGAUGUGUUAAAUAAUAACACAUUUUGUGUCAUUUUAAAUUUGUCGUGUAAAAAGAAAGAGAGAGAGAGAGUAACAACACAGUGUGUCCAACACAAUAUGUGUUAACUAUCAUCCAAUCACAUUGCUGCUGUGUCACUCCACAAACUGUUAACCAAAUUCACGCCUCUUUUUUCAUUGGUGGAUGACGUGGAUGCACUCAUGUCCGGUAUAUGGAUUUCCCCGCUACAAAUGUAAUGUUCCCAGAGCAUCCCACUGGUGUCAAUGACGUUCCCAGAACGUUUCCCGAGAUGGUCAUGAUGUGGAGUUCUUUAAAGGGUUGGGGACGUUAUUUGGAGGACCUUCAGGGAUUAACACUGCUCAAAGUGUAUUUGGUCACACAAUACAGAGUAGUGAUGGGCAAAUGAAGCCUCAUGAAGCUUUCAGCUUUUCAGCCAAGUGGUUCACAAAAGGGUUAAUACCUGGAGGCUUCAUUUGCUCACAAUACCACCUGGUGGCCAAAGCGUGUAAAGCAAGCAGAUAUAUUACAGACAGAGGUGUAAAGUCCAGGAGUCAGAAAGUAAAAGUCCUGCUCUUAAAAUUCGGUUGGUGGAUCAUCUAGCCACAACUCUUUUUUCACUUAGCUUCACUAGCUAAGCUAAGUAUGUCCUAUAUAAACACACAAUUAAAGUAAUCAACACAAUAUUAACACAAAAAUGUCAAGGGUCAAGAGCCCAGAGCCCAACAAAAGGAAACACUGGUCUCUUUGAUGGUGAUUUCAAACAAAACAAUAAAGCAUCUAAACAUCUGUUAAUUCUCAAUAAGAGCUUCUCUAGAAAUCUGACAGAAAUAAAGUCAAUCUGAUGCUGUUUGUGGAGUUGUCUUAAAGGAUUUAAUGUUUUCUUUUAUUUCAGUUGAUUUCAUCUUCGGCUGUGGCUGAAGUCAGUUGUAGUUCUUGUGUUUCUCUUUCCUUCGGUGAUUCUUCUUGAUAACAGCAGCUGUUCAUCAUUAAAGAUCAAUCAUCACAUAAUUAUCUUCUUAACUCCAGCACUGCUUCAAUGCUACUUUAACACUCUGUAGUGUGGAAACACAUGAACACUGAGCAGUGUGGGGACUUUACUGUGAAUUAUUACAUAAAUCUUACCUGUUUCAUUCACGUAUGACUGAUGGAUAUGAAUCACAUUAAGUUUAUUGAUGUGUUUCUGUUAAAACUAUGUAAUCUAAAUGGAUGGAAAAUUGUUAUGCAAUCGAAUUACAUAAAAUGUAAAUUUAGACCGAAUCAUUUUUUUGAGUGUGUGUGACUUAUUCUGGAAAAGAUGGACAAAUGAAUACUUGCCUUUGCUUCAAGAUCGGCAGAAAUGGAAUAAGGAAAGGAGAAGCUUUGUUCCUGGUGACAUUGUUGUCAUUGUGGAUUCAACAGCUCCGUGUGGAUCUUGGUUGAUGGGACGAGUUCUGGAAGUCUUUCCAGAUAAAAAUGGACUUGUACAUUCUGUGCGAGUACAAACUAAAACCAGUGUACUCGAGAGACCUGUGACAAAGCUUUGUCUGUUGUAUGACAGCAUGGACAUGUAAUGGACUGAUUGCAAAGACUGUUUCAUUUCUAACCUACAGAGGACUGAUUAAUGCAAAGUUUACAGUGUUGCUUUGGGCUUUAAUGGCUCUUUGUUUUAAUAUUGUAUAGAAUUGUAAUGUCUACAGUUAGGGGGCGGGGUGUAAGAGCCAUUAUGUCUGUUUUUUAAUUCUGUUUUUUGACCGGGUGGAGUGUGGGCCUUAAUGAGUAUAUAGGUAGGCAAAGAGGAAGUCAGGUGUGUAAUUAGAGGGAAGCACAACAUUUUUUGACCGUGUUUGGAGGUAAACAUGUGAAGGCAUCCGAUGGGAUUUUAUGUGCACUGUGCAGAGGAACUGUGAAUUAAAAUGGCCUGUACGAGCUGUGUGAUGAAUAAAUCUGAAAAAGCAGUAUUUGGAGGACGAUUAUUCUUGUUUGGAUCUCAUGCGUCAGAAACCCUACAACACCUCGAGUGACAAAAUGAUGUCACUUUAAGAGGUUUAUGU